AUGUUGGAAAAUAAAUGGAGCCAUUUUGUUGUUAACACGUCCGUGCCAUAUGUUUCCCAAUUUUUUCUUCAAAUAUAUUUUUUGUUUCUUUUUCUUUUUUCCCUUAUUUCUAUUCUUUUUUUCUUUCAGCACUCUCUCCCUCUCUUACUCUUUCUCUUCCUUUCUCUAUCUCUUUUUUCUUUCAGCCCUCUCUCUGUUUCCUUCACUUUCUUUCUUUAUCGCUUUUUUUCAUCCCUAUCUCUGACUUAUUUACUUCCGUUCAUUUUUCAUCCCACUCUGACUUUUUCACUUCCUUUCUUUAUCUCUUUUUUCUUUCAUCCCACCCUCUUACUUCUUUACUUUCUAUCUUUAUCUCUUUCUUCUUUCCCUAUCUCUCUACUUCUUCACUUCUUUAUCUCUUUUCGUCUGUCCUCUCUCUGUUUCUUUUCAUUUCUUUUCCUUACCUCUUUUUUCCUUCCAACCCUAAUUCUAACUUCCUUUCUUUAUCUCUUCUGUUUUUCAGCUCCCUCUCCGACUCCUUCACUUCUUUUCUUUACCUCUUUUUUUUUCAACCCUCUCCCUGACCCCCUUCACUUUCUUUCUUUUCUUUCUUUCUUUCUUUCUUUCUUUCUUUCUUUCUUUUUCUUCAGCACCAUUUCCACUCCCAUAUCUCUCUUUAAUCUUUCCUUUAAUCAUCAAAUUUCACAUUUUUUUACCCGACCCUGA